ACUAGAUGGGCGGAAUGGUUCUCCUGACGACACAUUCUAUGUUUCUAUGUUAUUUGGUUACUGUAUAUGGAUAUUAUUAUACAUGGAAAUUGUUUUGUAUAAGUGUUUUUUGUUAUAUACCCUUCUAGUGCUGUUAUGUAUGAUGGGACAAUGAAUAUGUCGCCUCUUUUACUCACCACAUGAAGUAUGGCAUCUCCUGACUGAACUGUAGAUCAGGGGUAACCAUAGCGACCGGGCCUACUGCUCCCUGUGGAGAGGAGAAGCCUGCAAAUAGUAGGAACAAGUCCUGUGAGGUGAAGCUUGUGAGCUGCACGGACGCAAUCCACAGCACAGCGUCGCGAUGACGUCACAUCAUCGCGCUGGCAGCGGGAGAUCACGUCACCGCGGCUCGCACAGUGCUCGAACAGUAAGCUGUUGGCUGGGAUAGUUGUUUCUGUCUUUUGAGUCCACGUCCUCCACCAGACCAGAAUCGCAAACAAUGGCGGCUCAGGAUGCAAAAACGGUAGAGGAUUGGCGCAUCACCGUGAUCGUGAGCAGUUCUCUGCAGGAUCAUGAGGUGGUCGUUUCUCUGCGCAGUCAAUGCCAUAAAAUACGAGUUUCACAGUCCGUGCAGAGAGAUUCUAUCAUUUUUCCUCUUUCUGGAAUUGCAUUUUUGCUGGCAAACGCUCAGGAGGCCCCUGGCAGUGAGAGAGAAGAAUUCUUUGACAAAAUACAACAAUUCGCAUCUACUCAUCGAAACAGCUUCAUGGUGAUAGUGUCGGCUCUUCACGGACCGGAGGAAUGGGACCUAAUGCACGAUAUUCAGCUCAGGUUCCUUGGAAGUAACUUAAAAGUCAUUCCUGCCCAUAACAGCAUGGAGACGGUGAAAAGCAUCUUAACUAUAGCCAAGGCUACCUGCAAACCUCACCUGGAAACUAUACAAGAAAAACUUCUCGAGGCUAAAAUCUCCAUCGCAGAGAACAGCCCAGUGUGGACAGCGCUCAAUGAGAUGUGAUGGAGACUCCGCAUCUUAUCCCGGGAUUCACUGGUUAAUGCAGAAUUGUCUUUAUGACCUUUAAUUAGGCUGAUGGCUUUAUGUAGCCCUGUAUACAUGGAUUUAUAUAUAGAUGUGGAAUUGUUGGGAAUAUUAACAAUUUAACAACAA